UUAUCUCUAAUUUUACCAAGUCUAUAAAGAUAUAAAUUUUAAAAUAAAGUAACAGGCUUUGAUAGUAAAUUUGCUAAAAUGCAGAGUGACAAAAAUGUGAUGUAUGAGAACACAAGAUUAAAUACAAAAGGGAUAGGAACAAACGAAACAAAAAUGGAAGUCAUCAAAGACAAAACGAGCCAUUCCGAUAAUGUCUUAAAUCGGAUGACAUAUUUGGUGAUCACUAUGCUUGUGAUGAUGAUAAUACUUUAUGUCGCAGUUUUUGUCUUUAUCAUCAUAUUUUCGAUAAAUAUUCCUGUCAAUCAAGUUGACGGGAACUGGUCUGCUUGGUUGCAGUGGUCUUCUUGUGACGUCACGUGUGGGUAUGGUUCACAGUCCAGGUCUCGGACAUGCACAAAACCGACACCAACAGCAAACGGUAUUCAUUGUGCUGGAAAAGUUACAGAUAUUUCAGCCUGCCAAUUGCCUGAAUGUUUGGUUGACAGCAGUGACAUUAUUCGACAUCAUGUAAGUUUUUCCACAAGACUUUCGAACAGGGCGCCGGCAGUAAACCAAGAUAAACGUGUAGUGUUUAACGAGGUUACGACUAAUUACAUGAGUGGAUACGACAAUAGAUCGGGUAUAUUCAAAGCCCCAGUGAGUGGCGUUUAUCUUUUUAUGUAUUUCAUACAAAUUACCGACGCAUAUGGGGAAGUAGAACUGAGAAUGAAUAACAAAUCUGUCAGUGCGACAACUCUUUAUGGUAUAUUUACGGAGAUUUACAUAACUGGUAGAGACAAUUCUUUUGUAUUCAAAAACAUAAAUUUAAACCAAACAGAAAACUCAGUUAUGGACGAAAUAAGAUGUUUCAGAGGACGUUAUAGUGCAGCUGGUUUUAACAAAAUUGAUAAAAUAGAAAUAGAUAUCAAAACAUGUCCUUUUGAAAGUGAAAUAAAAACGGCAGGUGGUAAUUCUGUUGUGAUAUUUGUCAAUGCAGGAAGUGAAGUCUGGGUCCAAAAUUCAGGGAGACUGCCCAUCCACAUUCAGCCAGAUGGUACUACAUUCACAGGAGUUUUACUGGUCGAAAGUUCAAAGAUACAAGACACAAUUUCAUCUCAUUUGCCGCUCUAAAAUUAGUAUAAUAAUAUAAAUGAUAUUUCUGAAAAGUGUAAAAUGUCCGAUAUUUACUUACCAUAUUUAAUUCCAUACCACUGACUUUUAGAAGGAAAAGGAAAACAAAGUUGUCAAUAUUUAGAAAUAUGUUCAAAACUAUUUAUUAAAUCAAUUUUGGUACGGUUCAUGUGUAUUAUAUAUACAAGAUACGAUCAUUAUAUUCUUACAUUUUUUAUUAUUAUCACUAUUUUUUACUAUAAAUGUUUUCUAAUAAUGUGUGUCUGACUUAGUUUUGACUUUAUUAAUUGCAGAUUGAAAUGAUGCACUUAAAGCAGCACGCCUCCAGAUUCAUGCUACUUUUCAUGAAAAUUUUGAAAAUGUAUUUGAAUGUGUAAUAUUGUGAAGUAACCAAAAGGAAGCAAUUUACACGUUAUCAAUGGCACUUACAAACCACGUAAAUUACCAUUAAGUGGUCAAAAUAUG